AUGCAUUCUGUUUUUGGGCUUAUUCUGGUAGCUACCGUAGCCCUGGCUAUGCCUACCGCGGCACCAUUCAACCCGCAAGCUUACACUGAUUAUAACGGUCUGAAUUUGGACGCUCUAAGAAUGCCGCGAGCCUACGGAAACUCAAAUUACAAUAUGAACUACAACAACAUGAAUAUGAACAUGUACGACCAACAACAACAAGAAACCCAUCAAGCCUAUCAGAAUGGGCAGUGCCAGAUGCAGGGCAAAUACCUCUACGACGGAUCAAAUAUCCGAACACUGACCACCUCGGAACAAGGCCAGCUCCAGAAUUACCAGAAUCAGAUGAUGAAUGGAAACCGUAAUGCUCGACUACCCUGCUUCUGCCGGCAAGUCAGCUGCUCGUCGUAU